AUGAAGAAGACGCGGAGCUUGCCGCCUACUCGACAUACCAACAUUGACGGCAGACGCACCAUACGCACGACUGUGACGAUCGUCAAUCUCCGGCACGUACCUAAUGUGACCGAAAGGCCGCUACUUCCCUUCUCAUGGGGCUACUCCGCGCUCCUCGCGCUGGUGCCAAUCAUCGUCAGCGUGCUCGGGUGCGCUGGAUGCAUCUUCGUCGCGGAUUGGUUCUGCCUCGCGAGCAUCGCGCUUGGAAUCGUAGCCAACGGCCUGUCGUGCUUCGUCAUCGGCUCCGGCAACCUGACGUUCGAGCAUCACGAACCAGCCGAGAAGGCGCCCCCAGGAGAUGGUGUACUGAAGGGAGACUCGGACGUAGUGCUGCUCAUUGGAAGAGAGGGCGCCAUCAACGCCUUCGUGCGGGGUCGCUUCACCCUGCAGUUCCGGGAGCACCGAUUCGUGCCUCCUCAGGGCGCCAUCGGGCCUUGUGCGAUCAUGCUCAUUGUGCAGUUCCUGUCCCAGCUCUUGCUCAUCCCGCAGGGCACACUCUUCGGACAAAUCAUGUUCGUUGCAACGCUGGGCGCCUCGUGGCUGUAUAACGUCUUCCUCUCGUCCAUCGAUCGCGAGGGGAUCCAAACGCGGAUCCUGUUCGACGUCCUCAAGAUCGACGAGGAAAAAGACAUCCAGAAGUACGAGCUCAACACAUGGACGGAAACCACCGCAUUCACCUGUCUCGUGCUCGCGUGGGUCUACCACAUCAAGGCACCGAGCGAGUUGUUGGAUGGGAUGCUCCCCAACAACACACUUGUAUGGAGGGCUUGGAAGGAGACUAUGGCCAGGAAAUUGAGGAGCCAGGCACUCUUUCGGAGAAACACUGGUUUCAACUUCACCGAUGAGGACUGGGAGGGCGAUGGCCUAGAUCCUGCAGACAGAGAUCUGCUACAGACUUUCUUGACGGAUUCGGAGAACGCUUGGAAGGCAUGGACCGCUGUUCGAGAUACACCUCAGAUGAAGGGGCUUCGACCACUUGUGGGGGGUAAUGCAUAA